AAUUUAGGUCUUGGAAGACCGCUAGGUCAUUGUGGAUCUUCACUUCUUGCAGCGUCAUCGAUUCUUCCGCGUGGAUGAACUACUGCUUUCCUGGAUCGGCUAGAACUUUUGAUCCAUUGGAUGAGCCACGGAUCGGCUAAGAACUAGCGCUUAAUCGAUUCUCCGCGUGGAUGAGCUUCUCCUCGGCUAGAAAUCACAAAUUGUUUCUUGCGGGAGGUUCACAUCCAAAGUUUUCCAUCGCGGCCACGAAAACUAUCACCGCCUCGUCCACAGCGGCAUUGCUUGCUGCUCUAAAGGCUUGUAGCGGCCGGGCAACGAAAGAAGAUGCCACAGAAGUUAAUGGAAGGCUUGUCAAGGCCAAGUCUCUGCAAGAAGCUUGGUGGACAUGUACGCGAAGUGUGGAAGCCUGGAAAAGGCUCGCAACGUUUUCGAGGCGAUGCCUUGGCAGAACGUUGUGUCAUGGAACGCGCUGAUGCUCGGGUAUGCUGAGAAUGGGGAAGAGGAGGCAUGUGUGAACUUACUUUCGUGUUUAGUGCCGAGGCUUCGAUCACCGAGAACUUACGCGAUUGCUCUCAAGGCUUGCAACAAAUUAGCAGCAAAGGAAGAAGGCCAGAGCUAUGGUGAACAGGAGCUUGUCAAAAUCAAGAGCCUGGAGACGGCUUGAUUGAUAUGUAUGCCAAGUGUCGGAGCUUGCGGGAUGCUCGCAAAGUUUUUGAUACGAUUCCUUGCUACGACGUGGUGUGUUGGAACUCGCUCAUGUCGGGCUACAUUGAAAACGAGCUUGCGCUGGUCUGGCAGUGGAAGAAGAAGCUAAGAAAGGCAGUGUGAAGUGGGAAUCGCUUCAAAGAGCUUCAGGUGGUCACCAGCAUUAUAACUAUGUACUCAAAGUGUGGAUCCAUGGUGGAGGCUCGUAGAGUAUUUGAUGGUCUCGAGCGAAACACUCACGAUGCGGUUUCAUGGACAGCGCUUAUGUUUGGGUACGUCGAGAACAAGCAGGAACUCCAGGCUUUGGAACUUUUCGUAAGCAUGGCCAAAGUUUGUCGACCAAACGCGCGGGCGUUUGUGGUUGCACUCAAGGCUUGCACUCGAGUAGCUGCGAACGAAGGUGGCAAGGUCGUUGCUGGGGACACGAUUGUGAAGGUCAGAGCUUUGGAAAAUGGGAUGGAGAUACACCGCAGAGCUGCAACCGAUGGAUUCGACAAGAACACCAUUGUCUCCAACGCGGUGGUGGAAAUGUACGCACAGUGUGGGAGCCUAGUCGAUGCUCGGGCAGUCCUGGACAGGAUGGUGGAACACGACGAGGCGUCCUGGAAUGCCUUGCUUCUCGGCUACUCUCAAAGCGGCGAGCAGGAACUGGCUCUGGAGCUCUUUGAGCUGCUGAGCUCUUCGGGAAGAAGCGGCGGCCGUCCGGCUUACGCUGCUGCACUGAAGUGCUGCGCUGAACUGGCCGCUAAGGAAGAUGGCAGGACGGUCGACGGGAAGCUCGUCAAGCUCGGCUCUCUGGGGAAAGUUAUGAGGAUCCACUCGCAGGCUGUGAAGAUCGAGCUCGACUCGGACAGGUUUCUAGCCAGCGCGCUGGUUGAUACGUAUGCCAAGUGUGGGAGCGUGCUGGACGCUCGAAGAGUUUUCGACAGCAUGGUGCUCGAGGGCCAGGACGACUUGGUUUUGUGGACUUCGAUCAUGCUGGCUCACGCCGACAACGGUGAAGGGAGAGUGACUUUGGAGCUCUUCUCGCGGAUCAAAAGCCAGCCUUGGUGGUCGCCGCGGGAUCCUCAGACAAUGGUCGCGGCGCUCAAAGCUUCCGGGAGCAGUGAAGUGGCGUCGCUGGAGAGCGCUCGGCGGAUCCAUGCGGAAGCUUGCCGGCACGGCCUGAUCGAGCGCGACGAAGCUCUGGCGAGCUGCCUGGUGGACGCGUAUGGAAGGCUCGGAAGAUCCGGCGACUCCCAGCAGGUAUUCGACUCCAUUCCCGUGAAAGAUCCACUGACUUGGACGGCGCUGGUGGCCGGUUACAGCCGCGUGGGAGAUCCGGAGCUCGUCUUUCGCUGGUUUCGCAAGAUGGUCGACGAGAAGAUCAUCCCGGACGCCAUCGCUUGCGUGUGCGUGCUCGCGGCUUGCAGCCACGCCGGCCUCGUCGACAGAGGCCGGGAGUUUGUACGCGAGAUGGAGGCGAAGUUUGGGAUCAAGCCCGACAUCCGGCACUACUCGUGCGUGAUCGACAUGCUGGGGCGAGCAAACCGGCUGGAAGAAGGUCUGGCGAUGGCGGAGACGAUGCCGGUGGAUCCAAAUGCGGUGACUUGGACGACGCUGCUGGGCGCUUGCGCCAAGUGGAAGAACGCGACGCUGGGGAAGAUCGCGUUUGAGAGAUCCAGGCAAACGCAUCCCUCAAACUUCCAGUUGAUGGCAAACAUCUACGCUUAGGAAACUCAAGAGCCCUAAUUUUCUGACAAUAUAAAGGUUCUUGUUUAAA